AUGCAGACUGCUGAGAAGGUGGGAGAAGCCCCAUUCCGGGCUGGGCCCCGCACCACUCUCUGCGCUCGCGUGGGGGGUGGCUACAUCUACCGACCGAUGACGUCGGCUGAGCGGGCGCCGCGCUCGCAGAGUAGUCCUGCGUUGCAUCGCAUCUACGGGGAACGACGUUGUAAACAGCGUCGUGAGACAGAGAGGCGGGACUUCAGGCUCGAAGCGCCAGAGCUGAGCCUGGUCAACGAGGAGUGUCAGCAGCUACGAGUGCAGCUCCAAGACCGUCGACGCGAGGAGUCUCGCCUGUCUUCACGCUUGGACCAGUUGGAAAGCUCUGUGUACGACAGGAUGCACAGGCUCCAUGCUGUCCUGUGUCGAAGUCGGGAGGAGCACUCCGACGCUCAAUCCCGCAGUGAAAUCAGUGAAGAGCGGCUGGCUGCCCUACAACAGCAACUGGAACGAAUCAUGGCCGAGGGUCUGCGAAGUUCUGGGAGCGAUCCUGAGGCUUCUCGGUGCCAGUUCCGCCAUGUGCUGGGCCCUGAAAGACCCCGGGACAACUCCUCGACCGCAUGGCGUCAGAAUAUCGACGCUCUGAAAGAAUCGGAGCGAGCUAAUCGGCGUCAAAGCUCAAAUCUGCCAACGGUGCCAGUAGAAGGUCUCAGGCAGAUGGCAGAUUUGACGCUGGAGGAGACUCAGCUGGCUGAGGACUUACCAAAGACGGAUGCCUUGCCGCGGGAGGAUCGUCCCAUCAUUGACGGGCAGGCAGGCACCAGAAAGUCCCAAGUUGAGGCAACCUCUGAAAGCUUGGCGGAGGUGCGUCGCAUGGCGGAGUUCUGGAAGAUGAAAGCAGAGGCCGCCGAGAGAAGAGCGUGUGCAAUGGCUGAGGCCAUCAACGAGCUGGCGCUUGUGGCAGACGAACGCCAUGUUGAGGCACUGGAGAAGCAGUUGCUGUUGCAACAGCAACUGGCCAGUGCUGAGCAGCGCUGCGAGGCGUUUCUGGAAGUCUGGGAAUCGGUCCUCCAAAUGGCCGUCCCUGUGGAUGAGCAUAAUGGAUCGUCAUCUCCAGAGGACGGGAAGUCCGUCUUCAUUUUUCAGUGA